AUGAACUUCAACGACCCCCAGUGGUCCCACAUGUGGUAUCUGAACCGUGGCAACGGACGCGACAUGAACGUGAAGAAGGCUUGGGCGGAGAACCUCACGGGUCAGGGCAUUGUGGUCACGAUAUUGGACGACGGGCUGGAGAAGGACCAUCCGGACAUCAAAAGGAAUUACGAUCCGAAAGCCAGUUUCGACGUGAAUGGAUUCGACGAUGACCCAGAGCCACGAUACGACAUGGCCGAUUCGAAUCGGCACGGGACUCGGUGCGCCGGCGAAGUCGCAGCAACUGGCAACAAUUCCAUCUGCGCCGUUGGGGUCGCCUUCAAUGCCCGUGUCGGAGGUGUGCGUAUGCUGGACGGAUUAGUGACAGACGCGGUGGAGGCCAAGUCCUUGCGGUUGAACCAAGAUCACAUCGACAUCUACUCCGUGUCUUGGGGACCUGACGAUGAUGGCAAAACUGUAGAUGGACCCGGGCCACUCGCCACCAAAGCCUUCAUAGAUGGGGUCACUCAGGGUCGCAAAGGGAAAGGGUCAAUAUUCGUUUGGGCUUCGGGAAAUGGUGGGCGUGAGCAUGACAACUGUAAUUGCGACGGCUACACGAAUUCCAUCUGGACGUUGAGCAUCAGCUCGGCGUCGGAGCACGGAGACGUUGUGACGACAGAUUUGCAUCACGGGUGCACACAGACGCAUACGGGAACUUCUGCUUCUGCUCCGUUGGCUGCCGGAAUUUGUGCCUUGUCCUUGGAGGCGAACAAUGAUUUAACUUGGCGAGAUUUGCAGCACAUUGUUGUUCGCACAGCGCGACCGGAAAACCUCAACGCGCCUGACUGGCAGGUCAACGGGGUUGGGCGAAAUGUGAGUCAUUCAUUCGGGUACGGGAUGAUGGACGCCUACGCGAUGGUGAAAUUGUCUCGGACGUGGCGCAGAGUCCCGCCGCAACAAACUUGCCACAUUCCGGCCACCCAUUUCAACAAGAAAAUCCCAGCCAAAUCUCAAGUGAAUUUGGCGCUGGAAAUCAAGCCAUCCGACUGUCCAAAUAUAAAUUAUUUGGAACACGUUCAGGCGAAGAUCACGUUGCGGGCGACGCGUCGGGGAGACAUGGAGAUUUAUCUGACUUCAUCUGCCGGCACGCGAUCGACACUGCUGGCACUCCGUCCUCAGGACACGUCACAUGCCGGGUUCACGGAAUGGCCGUUCAUGACGGUUCAUUCGUGGGGCGAGAACCCUUUCGGGUUCUGGCAGCUGGAGAUCCACAACGAAGGACGUUACUUGGGUGAGUUGACAACUCCCAACUUCGCGGUUGUGGUGCUAAAGAGGCUCAAAGAUGGGGAAUCUGGGCGCGUUGUUUUUUCGGUUGCGACUUCGUGCAUUGUCAUUCUCAUCGAUGUCCCAAAAAGACGUGCGGAUCUGGUGGACUGGUCCUUGAUAUUGUACGGGACCAAGGAGCGGCCCGAGGACUACGUGGCGGACGCGGAAGUGGCGGAGUCGGAAUCGGACUCGGAUGACCUGAUGCGGGACUACGAUGCUCUGCGGAAGCCGCAUCGGGGUCGGAACCCGUCCCCCGGGCCCACCAACAAUAUCCACACCCUGGACACCAAGGACUUUUACGCCCCGCAUCACGACGUCCGGCUCCAGCCGGCCCGCAGCGAGGGUAACCGCUCCUUUUGGACGUUCGCCGCCGCCGUCAUGCGCUGGCAGCCGCCGCGGCAGCAGCACGGCCCGUUUUAG